AUGGAGCAUCCCACACAGAGUGUCGACUACGAAGCACCCUUCAAUCCCCGAGCAGACGGAUAUCAGAUUCCAGGAGGAAGUAGCAGUGGCAGCGCUUCUGCUAUUGCAUCAUACGAUUGGCUCGACUUUUCGAUAGCUACAGACGGCGCCGUAUCCACCGAAGGUGUGAUAUCAGUGUACCCAGGGUACGACACACCUGGAGUCUUUGGGCGCGACCUCGCUAAAUUUGAGAAUUUCAUUUGGAAUUGGUACGGAGAAGGGAUCAAAAACAAAUCAAUAAAGUCACCGAGACUUUUUGUUCCCCCAGAUUUCUUCACCGAUAUCACUGGGCAUCAGCUCGAACUUGUUGAACACUUCAUAGAAGAUCUAGAAAUUAGUCUUCAGACCAAAGUACACCGACAAUCUAUUGCGGAGACGUGGAAAAAAUCAGCCCCCGUUGACGAGCGAGACAUCAACGUCUAUCUCGAAAAUGCAACGCAGCACAGCUACUACCACGCUGCCUUCCAUGCUUUCGAUGGGUUCAGAAAAGCAUACAAAGCCAAGUACAACCGCGCGCCGUUCAUCACGGAAUCGAAUCGAUGGUUAUGGCAGCUCGGCUCCGAAGUGUCCUCGAAGGAGCGCGACGAUAUGAACAACAGGAUUCAGACCUUCCGAACCUGGUUCUUAAAACACUACAUGAAGUCUGACGAGCAAGACACCAUCAUCAUCCUUCCAAUCUCACAGGUGAAGCCCAACUAUCGAGACGCCUUUACCUCGCAGAUAGGAAAAAAAGCAACAACUGGCCUGCGGACAACGUACCUCAGUCCCUAUGUCGGAGCACCCGAACUCGCCGUGCCCAUCGGGCAUUUAAACUUCGAGUCGCGCAUUUCCGGCAAUACAGAGAGUCUUCCUGUUGCAGUAGCUGUCAUGGGACCUCCUGGAAGCGACAUGGCUCUGGUGAAGCUUGUGCUGGAGUCGUUGCGCGCCUCGAAGCGUCCAACAGCCGUCAGCACUGGCAAAGCACGAAUGUGGUCACCUGAAGAAGAAAGCGGCUCCAGCUGA